AGGAGCGAGAGGCGAGCAAAUGAGGUGUGGGUAAAAAUUAUGGGGGGGACUGGAAGAGAUUGCAGCAGCCCAGCCCUGAAUCAGGAGAAACGGAGGGUGUGGAGGGGCAAAGAGACGGAAAACUAGAGGAGUUAUUAGGUGCAGAAUCCUGAAGAUUCAGGUUUAGUUUUGGCAAUCCUGAUCUGAUCCUUCUGUCACCACCGGGAAACAAGUGCCUUUUGUGUUUCUCGCCCCUGCUGCAGAGGGGAUACGUUUACCGGCAUCUCCUGGGGGAGAAGAGAAGAAGUCUCCUCCAAUCAGCCGUUAGAGCUUCCUUUGAUGUUGUGGGGCUGCUGAUGGGCAUUUAUCACUGACCAGAGACAAGCUCUGUUCACCACUGCAACCACCUGGAAUAUUCUCUGCGCUUUUACUUCUAUUUUUAAUAUAAAAUGACACUUUAAAGAGAAUUCUCCUGUCAGUUUCACCAGAACAGAAGAGAAGGAAUAGCUGGACACGUUGGAUUGUUUUUUGUUUUGUAUUUUUCUGCUGCAGACUGAUGAUGGACUAACUUUUCCAUUUGCAUUUUUACCUCCUGAUGACUCCUUUCCUUAAAUGCAUGAAAGCAGCAUUCAUCAUGUAAUGACUUUUUUUAUUAUCCUGAAGGCAUUUAAUGCAGAGCAUCAUCCUGAGAGUCAUGUAGGUCUGACACAUGCAGAUAGCCAUGAAUAAUGAGGGUGACAGGUGGAGCAAACCUGCUUGCUGAGUUCGUCUGGCACCUCAACGUAGCCCGCUCUCCAGGGUUUGACUAUCAGGGUUGUUUCGGGCACUUAUCACGCUUCUAAUUGGGCAAGGAUAGCUUUUCUUUUAGUGUUCAGACAGUGUGAGGAGAGGGAGUUUGGAGGAUUACAGGCUUUAUGCAAAAAGGUACUGUGGGGCUUUGAAUGAGGAUUAGCUUGUGCGACCUCAUAGUUGGAUUAAAAAGAAAGAUAAAGGUUUUACUGAAAUGAUGACACUGAGGAAACAGGAGACCUGCUAACAUUAAGAUUUAGAUCUUCCCUUGCAAACAGGGUUAAGUGAGGUCUUAAGGACGACUAACGAUAUUGAGGAUUGUUUGCACAAUUUAAAGAAAAACCCUCUUUUUAAUUCACCAGCAAAUUGAAGUGAUCUAUGAGCUUUUUUUAUUGAUUUAUGUCAACAUCCAGGAAUCUUGUCUGAUUACUGCUGAAGAGGUUACUAAUCUAAACAUAAUCCAUCACCAGUCUGACCCUGAAGCAGAGUGAGUGCUGAGUAUGCCACAGUCUAAUGGAAGAUAAGAUCAGAUUGAUGAGAAUCACUGCAGAAAUGUGCAGUUAUGCUUCAUUUAUUUGGAUCGUUUUGAGGUUCUAUAGUGGUGUGUGUUUAUAAGUAAAAAAGCUUGCAGCUAAAAUGAUGGUUUGUUUUCACCCAUCUUGAAAAAUCUGCAAAUUUCUGCUUAUUUACCUUAUCUUCAGUGUACAGCGCAGACCUAUAGCUUCUGGUUAACUGUGUCAUUGGCACAACCUGACAAAAAGCUUUCAAUCCCACCUGUGCUCUAAAUGAGUUUCAGCGCAGCUGCAUUAGGAAGAAACCUCAAACCAUGCACUGAUCCUCAAGUAGAUGACCAGAUCAGAAGAGUUUGCUGACGGGGCUUUAAGCAGAGGCGCGUUAUCUCAGCAGCCACACUCGGCAAACCUGGAAAGCACAGAGCGAAGCAGGAAAGAAUGACAAUGUGGUCUGGAGGAAUAAAAGCCACCAGAGGCAAGUUGUUAGAUGCUCUCAUUGUUUGAGCGUGUAGCACUGCCCGAGUGGGGGAGUUCAGCCACAGAAGGGGUCUUUAGGGAUUAACUGGCAAUGCUGCAGAUGUAGACCUCCAUGACCCAGAGUAGAUGGUUACAGCAAGCGUUCUGCACCAUCGCCGCUCUCUGGGUGAAGCACAGAUAUGUCUGAAAUUGGUGCCUGAUUGAUUAGUGAAGCACAAACCUGCAGGGCAAAGGAGUGCAAGGAGAGAUUGGCCAACAAGCACACAAACUUCAGUACCUUUUAACAUUUAAUUGCAAAUAUCUGAAGACAAGAUCAACAGAGGAUUUUUAACAUUUGAGCUGUGAGCAACAACAAAAAAGCGGAUCGGUGACGCAGCCAAUUAAACUGUGCCCUUCCCAGCCGCGAAUGAGCUGCAAGUCACUCUGAGGAGGACUGUUGAUACACACCACAGCCCCCUGUGAAUGAGGGUGGGGCUCUCCCACUGCCACAGACAAAGAAUACUGCCUUAACAACCCAUCUUCAGUUGGUGGACCAGCAGAGUCCUUCAUUCCCUGCCAACAGUCAUCAUGGGGUGCAACAUGUGUGUGGUUCAAAAGCCCGAGGAGCAAUACAGGGUGAUGUUCCAGAGGGGUCAUGUAGGCAACAUGCUGUGCUCUUUUGAUGCCGAUGGUCGAUUAAAGGUAAAUGCGAAGGAGCUUUCUCGCCUGUCUGGAGAUCCCACCCUGGACAUAAGAGACCCACGGCUGUCAAACAUCCUAAAGCGUGGAGCUCGGCGACGGGCGGGCCCAGCUGGAGCUCCAGGAGGGCAGGUGCCAGUGACCAUGGGCAUGGCCGACUGUGUGGACAGCUGCACCCAAACAGACAUCAGCUUCCAGCAUAUGUUGACUCUGGGCCGGAGCAGAGAGCAUCCCUGCGGAGCUCCACCCCCACCCGACCCACCUCCCUCUCCUCCACUGCCUCCUCUGCCAGAGCCAUAUCUGUUUAACGAACUCUUCUCUGAGCCUGUGUACUACGACCCCACUGACUACUUUGACAUUAAUCAGCAUGAAGUGGACAGAAACGAUGACCUGGAAUAUGAGGAGGUAGAGCUGUACAAGUCUCGGCAGCAGGAUAAACUGGGUCUGACCGUAUGCUACAGAACUGAUGAUGAGGAGGACCUUGGGAUCUAUGUGGGAGAGGUGAACCCAAACAGCAUUGCUGCCAUGGACGGACGCAUCCGUAAAGGAGACCGAAUACUACAGAUAAAUGGAGUGGAAAUCCAGAACAGAGAAGCAGCAGUAGCUAUUCUCACCAGAGAGGACAGCACUAAUGUCUCCCUGCUUCUUGCAAGGCCAGAGAUAGAGAAUGAAAACCAGCUGGAUGCAGAUGAGCUGGAACUGGAGCCUCUGGACAACAAUGUUGGUCUGAGCAGCAGUCCCAGACUGAGGAGGAGUCCUUCUGCUCAAGGUGGUGGACAGAUCGGCGCUGCGAUCGGAGGUGUGCUCUCCACUCACAGCCACUCUCACUUGUUGAGCAGGGAUUCUCCUGAUUUGCUGCAGACAGUUCUGAGUAACAGCCAGGAGUUGGACAGCGGCGUUGGCCGUACGGACGAAAGCACACGCUACGAGGAGUCGUCGGAACACGACCUCCUGGGUGAUGACCACACCAGUGCCUCCAACACUAACACAACCAACACGCCUGGCAGCAUGCGAAGGUUCAUGUCCAGCAGAGGGGACACCCCACCUUUACUGCACUCCCAAGAGCUCCAGUUCAGCACAGACUCUCUCUUAGGACUGGACAGUUUAAACGGCGGAGGGAUGGAACUGGUGGAACGGUUGGAGAGGACCUAUGUGGCCGAUCCGAUGAGGAUGAUGAUGCCUGGGCUUACUGAAGAAGAAUGCGAGAGGUACAAAGAGCUCCUGGAGAUCAAAUGUUUCUAUGAGAAGAACAGUAAUGCUCAGGAGGUGGUUCAAGAGGAAGGGCAUGUCCCACUAGAUGAGAAUAGGAAUGAAAGUCUGACACAGCAUGAGAUGGCCCUCAUAGAAGAGGAACUCCGCCAUCUGGAGUUCAAGUGUCGUAACAUCUUGAGAGCGCAAAAGAUGCAGCAGCUGCGGGAACGCUGCAUGAAGGUUUGGCCUCAUGAAGACAAAAAUGGGGCAAGCCAAGCGGCUGGACUGGGAGCUGGGCGUCUGGAAACGAAUGGCUCUUUGGUGAGUGAGGAGUCCUGUCACCAGGCCUUGUCAGACAUCAACGAGCUUCCAGAGAGGGAACGCUCGGAUAAGGACAGCACCAGUGCCUACAACACCGGAGGAGAAAGCUGCAGGAGCACACCUCUGGUCAGUGAACAGUACCCUUCACUCUCCACUCAGAGUCUGGAGGGAGGGGAGUCUCCUCUGACGCAUUCAACCAGGCAAAAAGAGAGAUGGGACGGGAUGCAGGCAAACUUAAACCAACGGUAUUCUCCACAGACCCACAGGAGAGGAACAGACGCAAAGACGUCCAGCCUGGGGGCAAAGGUUAGGUCUCUGUCCCGGGAGGCAGGAAGCAGGAGGGGUUCUGAUGGAGGUGUGAGACGUAACCCCAAAACCAACGGGACCUCUGAGAGAGCUGGUGGACGCAGUGCAGAAAACAGCCCUUAUCUGUCCCGCCGUCAGACAGACUCAAAGCCCCCCCAGCGCUACCUGAGCUGCAUGCAGCUGAGGACCCCCUCAGCAUCUGAGCACCUGGGUGGACCCAGGAAUCCCCCAAAAGAGGAAACACUAGAGAUAGGAGGUGAUGAAAGUCCAAUGAGUUUGGGCAGCACAUGUAAAGAUGCUCCCCAGAUCCCAGGGGGGGUGUCCUCAGCGUUGCCCCCUCCACUGCUACCCGCUUCCCCCCGAAUGGAGUGGAAGGUGAAGAUCCGCAGCGACGGCUCUCGCUACGUGGCCAAACGACCCGUGAGGGAUCGCCUCCUGAAGGCCCGCGCCAUGAAGAUCCGAGAGGAGCGCAGCGGAAUGACGACAGACGACGACGCUGUGAGCGAAAUGAAGAUGGGCCGCUAUUGGAGCAAAGAGGAGAGGAAGCAGCAGCUUCUGAAGGCCCGAGAACAGCGGCGGAGGAGAGAGUUCAUGAUGCAGAGCCGCCUCGACUGCCUGAGGGAGCGAGAGAGGGAGCAGGGCAGUGGAGGAGGAGGAGGUGAACAGGGGGUGACACACCCGCAAGAGCCGGCCUCAAUCCUGGAGCUCUGCCACCGCAGGAGCAUGAAGAAGCGCAGUCGGAGAAUCCUGGACAACUGGAUCACCAUCCAGGAGCUGCUGGCACAUGGGAGCAGGUCUGCAGACGGGAAGAAGGUCUACAACCCCCUGCUGUCUGUCACUACUGUAUAA